GAUAGCCAGAGUGGAUCUGCCAGUGGGUGACAACCCUGUGUGCGUAAGCAAGAGAAGAAGAAGAUAAUUGACGUGUCACAAUUCCGACAAUUGGUGUGUGCGCGAGGCAACCAGAAAAGGGCGCUUGAACGAAAAGCCGACGACACCCAGAACAGGAAUCGAAUUGAGACACCUACGAACAGAACGGAAAAAGUGCCAACAUGUUGACCAAUUUUGAGUCGAAGUCGGCACGGGUGAAGGGCCUUUCUUUUCACCCGAAACGGCCGUGGAUCUUGGUCAGCUUGCACAGCGGUGUCAUUCAGUUGUGGGACUACCGGAUGCACACGCUUCUCGAGAAGUUUGACGAGCACGACGGUCCAGUUAGAGGCGUUGCUUUCCACCAGCAGAUGCCGCUCUUUGUCUCUGGCGGCGACGAUUAUAAGAUCAAGGUGUGGAACUACAAGCAGCGUCGCUGUAUCUUCACGCUGCUGGCCCAUUUGGACUACGUGCGCACUGUGGCCUUCCACCACGAGUACCCAUGGAUUCUGAGCGCCUCUGAUGAUCAGACCAUUCGCAUCUGGAACUGGCAGUCCCGCAACUGUAUCUGUGUAUUGACAGGUCACAACCACUACGUGAUGUGCGCCCAGUUCCAUCCCACGGAGGACCAGAUUGUCUCCGCAUCGCUGGAUCAGACGGUCCGCGUGUGGGACAUUUCUGGACUCCGCAAGAAGAAUGUUGCUCCCGGCCCCGGGGGUCUUGACGAUCACCUGAAGGGUCACCCUGGUGCCACCGAUUUGUUCGGCCAAGCAGAUGCCGUAGUGAAACAUGUACUUGAGGGCCACGACCGUGGCGUCAACUGGGCCAGCUUUCAUCCCACUCUGCCACUGAUCGUGUCAGGCGCCGAUGAUCGCCUGGUUAAGCUGUGGCGCAUGAACGAAUAUAAGGCCUGGGAAGUGGAUACUUGCCGCGGACACUACAACAACGUGUCGAGCGUGCUGUUCCAUCCUCGUCAGGAUCUGAUUCUCUCGAACGGCGAGGAUCGGAGCAUUCGCGUCUGGGACAUGACCAAGCGCCAGUGCCUCUUUACAUUCCGGCGGGACAACGAGCGCUUCUGGAUUCUCACAGCGCAUCCAACUUUGAAUCUUUUUGCUGCUGGCCACGAUGGAGGAAUGGUGGUCUUCAAGUUAGAGCGCGAGCGUCCCGCAUAUGCUGUGCAUGGCAAUAUUCUCUACUACGUAAAGGAGCGCUUCUUGCGCAAAUUGGAUUUUACCACCACCAAAGACACGGUGGUGAUGCAGCUGCGUCCAGGCAAGUCGCCGGUUUACAGUAUGUCUUAUAAUCCGGCCCUGAACGCUGUGCUGAUCUGCACUCGUACAAACAACCUGGAGAACAGCACCUACGAUCUGUGCCAGAUUCCCAAGGACACGGAAAGCCAGAGCGAGUCGGACAGCAAGCGCAGCUCUGGAGUGACGGCUAUAUGGGUGGCCCGCAAUCGGUUUGCAGUUCUGGAUCGCAACCAGCAGUUGGUGAUCAAAAACUUCAAGAACGAGGUUACGAAAAAGCUGCCCACAUUCUGUGAGGAAAUUUUCUAUGCCGGCACGGGAAUGCUGCUCAUCCGAGAUCCCGAGUUUGUCACCCUCUACGAGGUUCAACGCCUCGUCUCCGUGGGAAGCAUCAAACUGGCCAAGUGCCGCUAUGUGGUGUGGUCUCCGGACAUGUCAUUAGUGGCCCUGCUCUGCAAGCACUCUGUGACCAUCUGUGACCGAAGACUCCAAUACUUGUGCACUGUGCAAGAGAACUGUCGGGUGAAGUCUGGAGCCUGGGACGAGUCGGGCGUGUUUAUCUACACCACUAGCAACCACAUCAAGUACGCCAUUACCAACGGUGACCACGGCAUCAUCCGUACUCUGGACUUGCCAAUUUAUUUGACACGCGUCAAGGGCAACCAGGUAUUCUGCUUGGAUAGGGAAUGCCGAACUCGCGUGCUCCACAUCGAUCCCACGGAGUACAAGUUUAAGCUGGCCCUAAUCCAGCGCAAGUACGAUGAGGUGCUGCACAUGGUGAGGAAUGCGCGCCUGGUGGGUCAGAGCAUUAUCGCCUACCUGCAGCAGAAGGGCUAUCCAGAGGUGGCACUGCACUUCGUCAAGGACGAGAAGACUCGUUUCGGACUGGCUCUGGAAUGCGGCAACAUCGAGAUCGCUCUAGAAGCUGCCAAGGCUCUGGAUGACAAGGAUUGCUGGGAUCGCCUGGGCCAAAGUGCCCUGCUCCAGGGCAACCACCAGGUGGUGGAGAUGUGCUACCAACGAACCAAAAAUUUCGAUAAGCUCAGCUUCCUCUACCUGAUCACUGGUAACCUGGAGAAGCUCAAGAAGAUGAACAAGAUCGCUGAGAUUCGCAAGGAUGUAUCCGCCCAGUACCAGGGUGCUCUGCUUCUUGGUGACGUUAAAGAGCGUGUAAACAUCCUUAAAAACUGCGGACAGCUUUCGUUGGCUUAUCUUACGGCUGCUACUCAUGGUUUUGAGGAGCUUUCCGAAUCUUUGGGCGAAUCAAUCACCUCGCAAGGUAACUCUCUUCCCGAGGUGAAUCCCAAUGCACAGCUGCUGCAGCCCCCAGUGCCCAUCCAGCAACUGGAGACCAACUGGCCACUGCUCUCCGUUUCUAAGGGCUUCUUUGAAGGUGCCAUGGUUACCAGGGCUGGAUCAAGUGCCACUGCCCGCCAGGCGCUGAACAUUAACGCCGAUGCUGCUGUGUUGGACGAGCACAAUGGCGGCGGCGACGGCUGGGGAGCGGAUGCCGACUUAGGAUUGGACGAGGACGGAGAUGAGGAGAUGCACGACGCAUUGAGUAACGAUGGAGAGGGCGGAGCAGGCGGCGAGGAUGGAGCCGGCUGGGAUGUCGGCGAUGAUGAUCUGGUUGUUCCCGAGGAGCUGGCCUCCAAGAUCAAGGCCUCGGCGCUGGACAGCAACUAUUAUGCCGCCCCCAACAAGGGUUUGUCUCCCGCUCAGCAAUGGGCCAAUAACUCACCGCUUGUGCUGGAUCAUGUUAAGGCUGGAUCCUUUGAGACCGCAUUCCGCUUACUGCACGAUCAGCUGGGAGUGGUUAACUUCAAGCCAUUCAAGACACUUUUCCUGCAGAACUAUGCCUGCUCUAGAACCAGUUACACGGCCAACCCGAAUCUGCAGUCGCUAAGUGGCUAUCCGCUGCGUAACUUUUCCGAAACCAACAUCAAGUUGCAACGUCCGGCGUUGGGCAUCAAGCUGAACGAUUUAGUGGCUCGUCUGCAGGCUGGCUACCAACUUACAACAUCUGGCAAGUUCUCUGAGGCAGUGGAGAAGUUCCACUCCAUCUUGAUCAGCAUUCCACUGCUGGUGGUGGACACGAAAGUGGAUAUGGCAGAGGCCCAACAGUUGCUGAGAAUCUGCGCCGAGUAUAUUGUCGGUCUGAAAAUGGAGACGGUGCGCAAGGGCAUGCCCAAGUCGACGCUGGAGGAGCAAAAACGUCUUUGUGAAAUGGCCGCCUACUUCACCCAUUGCAAGCUGCAGCCCGUUCACCAAAUCCUCACCCUGCGCACAGCCCUCAAUAUGUUUUUCAAGCUGAAGAACUACAAGACAGCUGCCUCGUUUGCGCGUCGUCUCUUGGAGCUGGCUCCGCGUCCGGAUGUUGCCCAGCAAGUGCGCAAGAUUCUUCAGGCCUGCGAGGUGAACCCCGUGGACGAGCACCAACUGCAGUACGAGGAGUUCAAUCCGUUCACUAUAUGCGGUAUCAGCUGGAAGCCUCUCUACAGGGGUAAACCAGAGGUGACCUGUCCUUUCUGUUCUUCCUCAUUCGAUCCGCAGUAUAAGGGCAACCUCUGCACGGUGUGUGAGGUGAGCCAGAUCGGCAAGGACAGCAUCGGACUGCGCAUUUCCAAUCUGCAAUUCCGCUAGGGAUGAAAGCUUGUUGCUUUUUAAUAUAUGUUUUCUCCACGCCAAGCGAGACCCCUUAGUUUAGUUUUACACGAUCCUUGCUUAUUAUGUAUGAAUAUAAAGUUCAGUAUCUGUAUAAUAUAAUGGUAUAAAAUCAA